AUGACGACGACGGCCACCGCGGCCAGCCAAACCGCGGCGCAGGGGGCCCGCGCGCCAAGCGUCGCCCCCGCGCCCCCGUCGGAGCUCGCCCUCCUCAGAUCACACAUCCAAACACUUACGGAGCUCAACAGCCGCCUGCAGGCCAUCCGCCAGAUCCCAGCCCAGCUGCUCCGGCCCCCGCCGUCCGCCGCGCCGGGGGAGGUCAUCGCCGGGCCCUCGUUGCUCACGCAUGGGUUCAAGGAGCUCCAGGCGGUGGGCGAGCUCGUCCGAUCGGAGAAGGUCCAGGAGGCGCUGAAGACGGCGAAGAAGAGCGAGCGCGCCGACUCGAGCGCGCUCGACUCGAACCUGCGGAGAGAGAUGCUGAAAAGGAGGCGACCACCGCCUCCGGACUCACCACAACCAUAUCGUGAGACCGAGCCGAGAGACAUGUCUUUCCUGCCGCCGCCCGAGGACGGAGCGGUUCCGAUUAGCCUCGAGGCCCUGCCUGCCUACGUCCGGAACUUCAAUCGUUCGAACAAGAACAAACUGCACAUCGUCUCCCCGAAAAAGGGCAGGGCUCUCUCGUGCCCCGUAACGCUUCGCCUCAUGGCGGUAAACGUCGCGACCAUCUACCUCACGGUGGACCAUUCCGCACAGGACGAGCGAGCGCUGAUAGUAGAGAGCGCCACCGCUAUAGGGUCGCGAGAACAGGCGAGUAAACCGGCUCACUCCCAGUCGGACUUCAUGGCCUUCCAGCAGCUCUCCCAACAGCUGGCGAAGGUGAUCCGCUCCGAUCCGCUGGCGCCUCUCCAGUCUUUCAUUGAGCUGCUUGGCGCCUACGACCGCCUGUUCGACGACAGCUGUUCCAACUGCCAACGAGUUAUAUCAGCAGAGGGACAUGUUCCGCCCGUCGUGCGGAGACGGGUGCCUCCGUCGGCCGAUGGCAAGGGUCCCCAGUGGGACGCUCGUCAUGUCGUCUGCAAGUACGAGCCACCGCCGCCGGCUCCGCCAGCCGACGAAGGCGGAGGCGAGGUCGCGGUCGACGGGGUAGGAGAGGGUGGUGCGAGUGGCAAUCCGUAG